CUCUCUCCGUCUCUCUCAUCCUAAUGUGUAAUGUCUUCAACUUUCUCUCUCUAGUUUAAGGAAGCACCCACAUCUACAUAAAUGUGCGCUUCUUUUUUAACCAGGGAGCGACCGAGGAGGCCAGAGCAUGAGGCCACCCACCUCCCCGGCGAAGGUGGCGCACAAUAGCGGUAGUCGGCCUCGCCGUGCGCCGGUGGCGAAGUGCGCCUAGUACUGAUAGAGAGAGAGAAAGUUAGAGAGGAGAAGAAGAAGAAAAAGAUGGGUCAGGGACUGAGUUGCAGAGCGAGCGACGAGCAUGGGCUGUUCAUUGCCGUGCAGUUUGGAGAUAUGGAGGCCGUGGAAGCUCUGCUGGAGAGAGACCCAGCUCUUUUGCAACACACCACCGUCUACGAUCGCCAUUCCGCUCUUCAUAUCGCCGCCGCGAAUGGCCAGAUCGAGAUUCUAUCCAUGCUUUUGGAACGAUCUGUGAAUCCAGACGUGUUAAAUCGUCACAAGCAGACUCCGCUUAUGUUGGCUGCAAUGCAUGGCAAGAUCUCGUGCUUGCAAAAGCUUCUUGAAGCCGGAGCUAAUAUUUUGAUGUUUGAUUCGCUUCACGGAAGAACCUGUUUGCAUUACGCUGCUUACUACGGCCAUUCAAAUUGCCUUCAAGCCAUUCUCUCCGCUGCUCAUUCGAGCCCUGUUGCCGCUUCUUGGGGAUUUGCUAGAUUUGUGAAUGUUAGAGAUGGUAAAGGAGCGACACCGUUGCACUUGGCGGCACGCCAAAGACGACCUGAAUGUGUGCAUAUCCUGUUGGACAAUGGUGCUCUUGUUUGUGCUUCAACUGGUGGAUAUGGCUUUCCUGGGAGCACUCCUCUUCAUUUGGCAGCUAGGGGGGGAUCUCUAGAUUGCAUUCGAGAGCUUUUGGCUUGGGGGGCCGAUCGUCUUCAAAGAGAUUCAUCUGGGAGAAUCCCUUACAUGGUUGCUUUGAAGCACAAAAAUGGAGCAUGUGCAGCCUUGCUAAAUCCAUCUUCGGUGGAGCCUAUCGUGUGGCCAUCGCCUUUGAAGUUCAUCAGUGAGCUUAAUCAGGAGGCUAAAGCACUGUUGGAACAUGCCUUGAUGGAGGCGAACAGGGAGAGGGAGAAGAACAUUCUAAAGGGAACUGCAUACUCUCUUGCUUCUCCAUCGCAUUCCGAUGCAGGGGUGGAUGACAAUGUCUCUGAGGGAAGCGAGUCAGAACUAUGCUGCAUUUGCUUUGAGCAGGCGUGCACAAUUGAAGUCCAGGAUUGUGGCCAUCAAAUGUGUGCACAAUGCACCUUAGCCCUCUGCUGCCACAAGAAGCCGAACCCUACCACCGCAUGCCUAACCCCGCCGGUUUGCCCGUUUUGUCGAAGCACCAUUGCUCGGUUGGUAGUUGCAAAGAUCAAGAGUGAGGAUGACGCCGAUCAAGAUGUUGGUGACGUCAGUUCCUCCAAGCUAAGGAAGAUUAGGCGGUCCAGGAACUUCAGCAAUGAGGGUAGCAGCAGCUUCAAGAGCUUGUCAGCAGUGGGGUCUUUCGGAAAGAUUGGUGGCCGCGGCUCAGGAAGGAUCGCUGCUGAGAGUGAGUGGGUUGACAAGCCAUGAUACAAUUUGUUUGGAUUUUUGCAGCCAAAUCUAUUCCAUUUUGCAAUCAAGCAAGGGCUUGCUUUCCGAGUAGUUGAAAAGGAAAGGGAAAAGUCCAAGAAUUCAACGGUCCAGUGAUUGAUCCAUUUGGUAUGUAUAGAUAGAUAUCCAUCUGUUAUGUAGAUUUACGAAAUAAGCAAAGCAAGCGAGAGCUGCAUGCAUGCCUGCAAGCUUGGGUUGGUUUAAGGUUUUUUUUUUUUUUUUUUUUGCAUGGUUCAUGUUGUAAUAUUUGUUUACUUUAGAUCGAAGGAGAAUUGCUGAUUUUGAGGGUCUCUCUUAUACAAAAUCCCAAUUUGGAGGGAAAAACGGAACACGGAAAAACCUUUUCUUCUCCUAAAUAGAGUCCAACAUUCAAAUGGCUGCUUUGAGGACACAAGAAUUCUGUGAAAGAGUCAGAGUCUUGUUCUUUAUUUGUUGAGGUGUAGUGUUAUGUAUUUUAUAUAUAUCCAAAUAGAAAUUUCAGAGAUA